AUCAUGAGUCAUCAUAGUUUGUUUUCAUAGGUUGAGAGUUGAGUGUCCUUUUUACUUUUACUUUUUUUAAGCAAAGAAAAUACUUCAAAUGUUUCUUGUUUAAAGUUUGAUCCAAAAAGUCAAUAAUGGCAUUGGCAUCUACUUGUUGAUGUUUUGGAUCCUCCUUUUUAUUCCCUUUAUUUUCAUUUUUUUUAAGGUAGCAAUGGCAUAGAGUAGGUGGAAGUUGACAUGAGGAUGGGUGGCCAUGCGUGAAAGGAACACAAGAGGUAAACCCAGAGGAAUUAAUUUUCAAUGGUGGAUGUUGUUUCCCUCAGAUCCAAGGAACUUCUCUUCCCAUUUUGUACUAUUUGUUCUUGUCCUUGUUUUCUUGUUUAUUUUUUUUUGUUUUUUAAUGACCCCAUUUCCCUUGUCUCCUUGUUUGCUAGAGAGAGACAAGGCACGGACUUUGACAAUUAUUUGGAUUUGGGGUGGUUUUUCUUGAAUCAUCUAUUGCCUUCUGUCUCAGGAAUUAAUCAAAGAUUGGUGAGAGAGGGUAGAGAAAUUAAAGAUUUUAGAACACACCACCUGUUUCCUGUUCACUGUUUUUGAUUUAAAUAAGAGUCCAAAACAGGUGGAUUAAGAAAGGGGUCUAGAGGGUUAUUCUAAUUAUAGUUUAUAGCUUCACUGUUUUCAAUAUAACCUUUGAUUUUUUGAAUUUUUGAUGCCUAAAACUAGUAUUGUUACACUGUAGAGGAGAUUGUUCUAAGAUCUUUUGGUUUCUUGCCGUAGGAGUCUUCUUGGUGGUUAUAUAUAUAUGCCUAUUGAACUUGUCAUAGAGAAGAGGGUUGAUGAGGUUAGCAGUUGUAGGAUUCUAGAGGAUAAGGCUAUUUUAUGCUACAAAGCAAACUAAUAAAAACCUAUGGAGGAAAUAACUUCGACUGUUGCAGUGCCAUUCACACUAGAGAAUUUAAUACAAAAAGAGCCAGCAGUGACAACCCACAUGGAGAUAACUGGUCUCAAACUCAGGGCAAAUACAUCACCACCUUUGAUAUUAAAUCCUUCAAUUGAAAUUGAAAAGCACACAGAUAUUGGUCCACAACCCCAAAUUAAAGCGUCUUCAGAGGGAACGGAGAAUCUGGUUGGAGCUGGCCUUGUCUCAGAAAUGGUUAGUCAAGGAGACAAUAAUGGUUUGUAUUCUGAAAGUCUAAAGCAGGCAAGAAAAGAGAAUGAAUCAUUGCAAGCUAAGGAUUUUCAGUGUGGUGGCAAAAUUGGUCCUUGUAGGGAGGAAUCUUCUGUUUUGAGGACUAAUUGUGAAAGAAAUUCACCUAUUACCAUCAAGGUUGGUGAUAACAUAAUUGAUGGAAAGUCCGGUUCGACCAAGCCGCCACGUGCUAGGGAACAUGAGAGUGAUAAUGGAAGUGGACCAGAUGAGUCUAAUAAGAAAACAUUUGCUGUGCCUUGUGCGAUGCCAGAGAAGCCAACAUGCUUGGAAUUGAGUGGUGGUACUAGUACUAAUUGUACUACCCCACUUUGGGGUUGUUCAUCGGUUUGUGGAAGGAGAGAGGAGAUGGAAGAUGCUAUUGCUGUUAAGCCUCAUCUUUUUCAAGUCACUUCAAGGAUGGUAAGGGAUGAUCAUGUGAGUGAAAACACAAAAUACUCACCAACCCAUUUUUUUGGUGUCUAUGAUGGGCAUGGGGGCAUUCAGGUUGCCAAUUACUGCCGGGAACAUCUUCAUUCGGUGUUGGUUGAUGAGAUAGAAGCUGCAGAAUCAAGUUUCGAUGGAAAGAAUGGGAGGGACGGCAACUGGGAGGACCAAUGGAAGAAAGCAUUCUCCAAUUGCUUUCACAAAGUAGAUGAUGAGGUUGGAGGAGUUGGUGAAGGUAGUGGUGCAAGUGUUGAACCUCUUGCUUCUGAGACUGUUGGCUCCACUGCUGUGGUUGCCAUUUUGACUCAAACACACAUAAUAGUUGCAAAUUGUGGAGAUUCAAGAGCUGUCUUGUGUCGCGGAAAACAAGCACUGCCUUUGUCUGAUGACCACAAACCAAAUAGAGACGAUGAAUGGGAAAGGAUAGAAGCUGCAGGAGGAAGGGUUAUACAAUGGAAUGGGUACCGAGUUCUAGGUGUUUUGGCAGUGUCAAGAUCCAUAGGUGAUAGGUACUUGAAGCCAUGGGUAAUUCCAGAGCCAGAAGUGAAGUGUGUCCAAAGAGACAAAAGCGACGAGUGCCUCAUUCUAGCCAGUGAUGGUUUAUGGGAUGUCAUGACAAACGAAGAAGCCUGCGAAAUUGCACGAAAGCGGAUCCUUCUUUGGCAUAAGAAGAAUGGCAACAACUCAGUAUCAUCAGAACAAGGCCAAGAAGGAGUUGAUCCUGCAGCUCAGUAUGCUGCAGAGUAUCUUUCUAGACUUGCCCUCCAAAGAGGAACCAAAGAUAACAUCUCUGUCAUUGUUAUAGACUUGAAGCCUCAGAGAAAAAUCAAGAAAAAAGAAUAAUAUAGAUACCCAUAAUCUAGAAUAAUUGUCAGAUAUAUUUUAUUAUUUUAGAAUAAACUAUCAAUUUGGUCCCUCGAGCUCUCUCCUAAGUAGCCCUUAAACUAAUGAAAUUAUAUAAGUAAUCUCUGAAGUAUUGAAUAUUCAUCAGUUUAGUCCCUAAACUGAUAUACUAUACUAACAUUCAGGGACUAAUUUGAAGAAUUUUCCGAUAUUUGGGAGACUAUUUAGUAUGAUUUAUGAUACUUGAAGGAUUACUUGUACCAUUUUUACUUUGUGGGUUAUUUAGGAGAGAGUGUAAUACUUUUAAGGAUGAUAUUGAUGGUUUAUUCAUUACAAGUAUUUUUCAGUCCAUAACAUAAUUUAUUUAUUCUAUUAGCCCUUUUUAAACAGGGCUAUGUAAUGUAUGCUAAAAUUUCUUGUGCACAGUGAUGCCUCUGCUUAAGAAGCGAUCGAGGUGUCACUGUUGUGCUGCCCCCAUCAGAAAGUUAAAUUAUUUUUUAAUGAAUAAUGAUGUAAAAGUUUCAAGUUGUCUACUCAAGUAAUCAAAACAACCACUAUUCAAUUA